AUGACCAAGUUUCAGGAUUUCGAAUUCCUGACAAAGCAGAGCUCGAACAAUUUGGCUGACAUACCAGAUAACGAAGACCUGAGGAAACUCUACACUUGGGUUGGACCGGUACUAUUGGCGUUGAAUCCUCGUCAGCCCAAUUCAGAUCUGUACGAUUGUUGUCGUCAGGAUCGCUUUAUAAACCCUUUGAACAAUGCACGGCCAGAGCUACUAGAACCGCAUGUAUUCGCAGUGGCAGCAAAAGCUCGUUACAGACUUGCUUGUGGUCUGGGCAAAGUGCACCAAGUGAUCGUAAUCAGCGGAGACAGUGGAUCAGGAAAAACUUUUUCAGCAUGCAAGAUUUUGAACUUUCUAGCAGCAACUGAUCUAAGCAGUUGCGAUGGAAUGGAAUCAACUAUUUCAAAAAUUGGCAAAGCCUGCUCGGUUGUAUCCUCAUUCAGCACUGCUAGCACCGAACGAAAUCAACACAGCUCUAGGCACGGACAACUCGUCCAGUUACAGUAUGUGAACGGAUCCAUACACGGGGCUGUGAUAAACUCCUUUCUCCUUGAACAGAGCAGAGUCACUGGGGCCUGUAAUAACUUUCACAUUUUUGGUCAGAUGUUGGCUGGUUUAUCCGAUUCGGAAUUGGGUACUUUGAAAUUAUCUAGAACCAUUCUUUACGAGAUUAUCGCAAACGACAGUCACAGUAUUUUGAAUGAGGCUUAUGUCAAAGGGUUCAAGGAGACUGUCGAAGCAAUGAAUUACCUACGGAUUGGGGAGAACCAAAGGAAUGAUAUAUUCAAAGUUAUCGCGCUCCUCCUCCACUUGCGAAACAUACAAUUCCACGAACGACUAUCAGUUGGUUGUGAUGUCGACGUGCAGAAAAAAGGUUCUCUUUCAUAA